GUCAUCUCAUCAUUGUCAGUUUAUCAAUGGCUUAGUGCCACCUAGAUAGCCAUAAUAUUUUUUAACAAAUAAAAAAUUGUUAUUUCCAUGGAUGUUGUUAUUGUUUGCAAGUGUUUGUGAAUUUUAUUAAUGCCUAAUAAAAUCUUUUCAACAUGGCUUUGAAAAAAGUCAAAGGGAAUUUUGAAAGAAUGUUCGAUAAAAAUCUUACGGACCUAGUUCGGGGUAUACGAAAUAACAAAGAUAAUGAGGCAAAAUACAUAGCACAAUGUAUGGAAGAAAUAAAAGUAGAAUUGCGUCAGGAUAACAUAGCGGUGAAAGCAAAUGCAGUUGCCAAAUUGACAUACCUACAAAUGCUUGGGUAUGACAUAUCAUGGGCAAUAUUCAACAUAAUAGAGGUUAUGAGUUCCAAUAAAUUUACUUAUAAGCGUAUUGGAUAUUUAGCAGCAAGUCAAUCAUUCCAUGCCGACUCAGAACUGCUCAUGCUCACAACAAAUAUGAUUCGGAAGGAUUUAAAUGCUCAAAAUCAAUAUGAAGCAGGCCUUGCACUUAGUGGACUUAGCUGUUUUAUAUCUCAUGAUUUAGCAAGAGAUCUUGCCAAUGAUAUUAUGACACUGAUGAGCUCAACAAAACCAUAUCUGAGAAUGAAGGCUGUACUUAUGAUGUACAAGGUAUUUCUAAGGUAUCCAGAAGCACUGAGACCUGCAUUCCCUAAACUUAAAGAGAAAUUGGAGGAUCCUGAUCCUGGUGUACAGUCAGCAGCAGUGAAUGUAGUCUGUGAACUAGCAAGAAAGAAUCCUAAGAAUUAUUUGUCUCUUGCACCUGUCUUUUUUAAGUUAAUGACCACAUCUACCAAUAAUUGGAUGCUCAUUAAAAUCAUAAAACUGUUUGGUGCCUUAACCCCAUUAGAGCCCCGACUUGGCAAGAAACUGAUAGAACCAUUAACUAAUUUAAUACAUAGUACGUCAGCGAUGUCUCUGUUAUACGAGUGUAUCAACACGGUGAUAGCUGUGCUGAUCAGCAUCAGCAGUGGCAUGCCCGGUCACGCGGCUUCGGUGCAGUUGUGCGUGCAGAAACUCAGGAUACUCAUUGAGGACAGUGACCAGAAUUUAAAGUAUUUGGGCUUACUGGCAAUGUCCCGAAUACUGAAGUCUCACCCAAAAUCAGUGCAAGCACACAAAGAUCUGGUGUUGGCAUGCCUGGAUGAUAAGGACGAGUCUAUUAGACUUAGAGCACUUGGAUUACUAUAUGGAAUGGUAUCGAAGAAGAAUUUAAUGGAAAUCGUGAAGAAGUUGAUGAUGCACAUGGAGCGCGCAGAAGGUACUCUUUACCGCGACGAGCUACUCACGCGUAUGAUCGAGAUUUGCUCACAAAACAACUACCAGCAUGUGGUGGACUUUGAGUGGUACGUCACCGUGCUAGCAGAACUCACCGAAAUGGAGACGAGUGCUAAACAUGGCGCGGCGCUGGCGCGGCAGCUGACGGAGGUGGGCGCGCGCGUGGCGGCGGUGCGCGGGUUCGCGGCGCGCGAGUGCGCGGCGCUGUGCCGGCGCUGCGCGGGCGCACCGCCCGGGCCCGCCUCGCGCGAGGUGCUCUACGCCGCCGCCUACGUGCUCGCCGAGUACUGUCAGGAGGAGGCGGUGAUGCGCGAGUCGGUGUCGCCGCUGCUGGUGUGCGCGGCCGUGGGCGGCGCACACAUGCGCGCGCGCGCCGUGUGCGUACACGCCGCGUUCAAGCUCACCGCGAAGCUGCUACACUGCUACGAGAAGCGAGGAGACCUUGACGCUGCUAUAUCCGUAGUCCGCGAGGCGCUGGCAGGCUUGCGGCCGCUGCUGUGCAGCGAAGACAUGGAAGUACAAGAACGUGCACAUAACGCGACAGCGCUACUCUCUUUGUUGCUGCCUCGGCUCGGCGCUACCGACGGUGACGGUGACCUUCCUCAUGUCGUCGACGGCACACUAGUCGACCAUGAACAGAGCAAUGGUUUGGAGAAACAGACAAAUGGUGAGAAUGUAAACGGUGAGGAGUCGCACGGCUUCAGCGGCGGUUUAAUUGAGGAGCUCGUCGACUUGUUUGAAGGCGAAUUGAAACCUGUCGCACCGAAAGCACAGAAAAAAGUUCCCAUGCCUCCAGACUUGGACCUGAAUCAAUGGUUAUCUCGCGAUCACUGGUCGUCCGAGAGCUCUAGCUCGGAGGAGGAGGCUGAUGGCGGCGCGGUGUUUGCGGCGCCGCAGCCCGACCCCAGACCCACAGCGCAGUUCACUCCUGAAGAACUGCAGAUGUUACGGGAGGCACGCCGUCAGGAGCAAGCGAACAAUCCGCAUUACCUGAAGGACGAUUCCCCGCGCUCCUAUCAACAAGAGGAUGUACCCAUCGCAGAGAUUGCACUAGAAGUGCCAUUACAAAUACAAUCCAAAAGAUCUGAUAAGUACUUAAUCUCAAAAGAAAGUUCAAAGAAAACCAAGAAAGAAAAACGAUCUUCUAAGAAACGGAAGAGCAAAAAAGACAAACAUUCCUCUGAGUCAGAUAGUGAUGACGGUGAGGAAUCAAUCCGUCGUCCAGCAGUGGACGCUGGCGGCGAGUUGCCGGAUGGCGCGGCGCCGUCGGACGACGAGCCGCCGCCGCCACACGACGACCCGCACCGCGCACUCGAUCUUGACCUUGACUUACCCCUAAGGGAAGAAGAAUUGUUAACGUCCAGAAUCCAUCAGUAUCCAUCGCCAGAAAGUGGUUUACUGGCAAAGAAAUCUAAAGAAUCUAAAAAGAGCAAAUCCGCCAAAAAGGAAUCCACUGAAAAAUCAGUCAAGAAAAAGAAAGAAAAGAAGUCUAAACAUGACAAAAAAGUAGAUUUAAUGUUAUCAGAAUCUACUAAAAGUUAUGUAAAUGAAGGUUGGCUUAUAGACGAUUUAAGCAAAUCUAAUGAAAAAACCGCAACGAAAGCAAGUGAUAAUGAUAAAGUCCUUAUUGACAACCACGUGAAGAGCAGUAAGACUGAGAAAAAUAAAAAGUCAAAGAGAGAUGCGAAAGAAAAAGAUUCCAAGAAAAAAAAAUCGUCCAAAAAAGAUAAACAUGAAACAAAGAUUGGUUAUGAGGAAGCCUUAGGAAUUUCAACACCAAGCAAAGAAGUUAUAUAGUGUACAGUUUAAAUUAAUACGUCCCUGAUCCUUGUCACAUUAUUCAUGCCCGUCUCAGUGCAAUCGUUAAUUUGAACAACUUAGUAAUAACUUUUGUUAUAAUUAGUUCAAUAUAUUAUAUAUGUUUAGUAGGCCUUUUUCAUUAAUAUUUCAAAUGAAACCAUGACCAUUUAAAUGAAUAAUAAUGUAUCAUUUCCAUAAGUCUAUAUUGUAACAAAAGAAAAGCAAAAUAUAUAAUCAUGUACAAUUUAUUAAAGUGAUUAAAUAAAUAAAAAGAG